AGGCCGGGGAGAAAAACAAACUGAGGAAACAGAGAGCAUUUGUAAAAAUCCAUUACUUUACUUCAAUGUCUUUACUCUCCUGUGGAUUUAAGGUCUUGAAAUGAAUCGAAAAUGUUAAAGAAUAAUAUAAUUUAUGAAUGUGCAAAAGAGUCUCAUAUACAGUAUGUUGUCAUUUGGUUUGGAUUUGACCCAUGAUUGACGAUUUUGUGGUUCUGUGGUGUUCGUUGUAAAAACCACAAAGCACAUAAGACUCAAAUACAAAAACAAUAAGAAUCCUGCUGUCAGUCAACAAACAGUAUAAUUGCCACGCUGCAUACAUUUCUAUUUUUGUCUAAGCAGUUUGCAUUACUAGGUUAAACAUUUACCAUGUCAAUGAAUAGUUUGCUGAUGAAAGACAUGGCAGAAGAUUAUCAGAAAUCAUGGCAUGAGUAGGAACAUGGUCAGAAAAAGACCACACUCAGCGCAUACUGUGUUGUCCAGUUUUGUUUGUGUUUUCGUUGUUAUUUUUACUCGUGGAAUAGUAACUAAACUGCUAUUGUGCAAGCGGAAACUAAUUGGGAGCAUACAUUAUUGUGUAUGUAUGUUUUACUUAUCACAACAACAACACAACGAUAUUAAUUAUUUCAGUGUAAUAUGGCUUGCUCAAUCGCAAAAAUCUCAACGACACCAAAUGUCUGUACAGUAUGUACUGUAUUUUAAACGUGGAGGAACUAUUAUACAGACGGAACCAAUGCAAGGGGGUGGCUGAGUGGAGGGAGUUUUGAACUGGCCGGACUGUUUAGAUGUGACCAGUAAAGUGGUUCAGAGAAGAGGAGACCACAUUACAGAAAUAACAAUUCAUUUGUAAAUUGGUAGUUUCAGAAACGUAAAUUAUCUCCAAAUGCCUGUAAAGGUCAAGGCAUAAAAUGGAAACUUUCAACGAUCAGAUUUUAGACUCGCCCUCCAAAAACAGUUACAUUGGCAGCUAUUACCAGCCCCCAGACAGAGUGCUACCAGUAUCAAGACAGCUUGAUUUCUCAGGAAAACCAUCUGUUACCUUGGACCGAGAGACCACUAGUCAUCAAGUGCCUAAGACCAACUCAAAUAUUGAUGGCAAAGAUGUUGUCAUUGCGCUGAAAAAUCUCCAGGAGAAAAUCAGGCGACUGGAGCAGGAGAGAGUCCAAGCAGAGGGGAGCUACCAGCAGUUUCACUAUGAAAUUCAGAAGAAGCAACAUCACAUUAAACAAUCCUACACAUGUGAGCCAACAGUCAGCGUGGAGACUGAUAACUCUGGCAGAAAUGGUCAAGAACUAGACUCAAAACUGCAGUCUGCAGAGGCCCGCUGUAAGAUUCUCGAGAAACAACUGGAUUACAUGAAGAAGAUGGUCGAGAAUACCAAAAGGCAGAGUGAAACUUUGAACCAGAAUCAGCAGUUCAACAGCCCAAUUCCCCAGAUUCAGCAAGAUAAGCUGGAGAAACUAGAGUCAGAGUGCCUCAAACUGAGUAAAACCCAAACUGCAGCAGAGCGGAAACUCGCCAUUCUGGAGCAAAAACUACAACAAGAAGAGCAAGAGCGUAAAUGUAUACAGGAGAAAGCCAACGAGUUGCAGAGGGAGUUCAAUAUAAGUCUUCAACUGUCUAUGGCAACCAGUGAAGAGAAAACACCAAAUAAGACAAAAAAGACAAUUAAGAAAACACCUACAAAAAGUGAGCCGGCCUCACCAAACAACUUGCGGGGGAAAAAGAUGCCUUUUGUUGCAGGGACGUCCCUUAGCCCAAGCCAUUCAGUCCAUGCCAAUGUUCAGAGUAUCCUUCACAUGAUGAAGCACCACCAGCCCCAGCUGUGUGAGCGAGUCAGCUCGAUGCAAAGGUCCUGCUGUGGAGCUAAGAAAAGCCUCCAAAAGUCUCCGACUUCCACUGGUGUCAGAAGGAAUUUCAGCUCAUCCAGACAGGAAGAUCAGUCGCUGGGCUCACUGUCGGACCUGCUCCUGGCUCUACAGGACGAGCUAGGACAGAUGAGCUUUGAGCAACAGGAGCUGUUGCGUCAGAUCAACUCAACUCAAAAUCUGGAGGAAAAACAAGACUUGAGGAAAGAACUGGAGAAGCUUGUGGCCAGGAUGGAAGAGAAGGGAGGCCAGAUCAGCAAACUCCGCAAACACCAGCAGACAGCCCAAAAAUUGACCCAGGGUGCUGAGGAACACACAAGUAAAAAGUUGAGUGGAAUCAAACCACCUGCUCCGUCUCCUGUGAAGGCUAAACAAAAGGGGAAGAAAAGUGUGACCAUCAACAACAAUCUACAGCUUCUUAGAGAAACCAAGAAAUUCAGAAACGGCCUGAAACAAGAUGACGUCUUCUGGGAAACAUGAGCUGCAGGACUGUUUUACAUACAGACUCUGAUGCUACAGCUGGAUAAAACGCAACACUCUGUGUGGUUCCUCUGCUUGUUUUUGUUUCUUUCUUCAGAUGUGGUCUCAGAUGGGGCCAGAAAACAAAAGCAACGUAUGAAAUGGAAUAACAUUUUAAACAGUACUUGAUAAUGCAGUGGUUUAUCAAACCUGUGUAAUCAAGGGGGGUUGGUUUAAGCAGAAUUUGAUUAAUCAUUUCCAAGGGAUUUAGAUGUUUUAAGCGUAUUAUAAAUACUUUUUAAUAUUGUAAAUAAAGCGUGUGCUAUCCUUAAAUAUAUAUAUAUAUACUGUAUAUACUGUGUAUAUAUAUAUACUGCUACUUUUGUUCUGUCGAUUUACUAGCUCAUUAGGUUUAAACGUCAUACUUGAAACCACCAGGUGGCAGUGCUUAUCUACUUACAAAAUUUAAUUUCUCAAUCACUAGCUGAAAUCAGUAGUUAAAAUCAAAGCACGUGUUUCUAAGUAUUUUUAUUAACUGGUCCAUCAUUUAAAAACUAACUUCCCGAAUGACCCCUAACUGUUGAAAGACCCAUCAUACCCCAGAUAUUGGGUUUUCGAAAAGUUGAAAUUGGGCCUUAAGUUUUUGGGAAGUGGUUAUAUUUCACCUGGGAGACUUUUAUAAAUCUGCUAGUUAGUGGAAAUCUUAAUAUGUAAACCUCUCAUGGUCUGGGUCUGUCUUUUACAUUUGACAUGGAGACAUUGACAGCACAGGUGACACAUCAUUAUCAACUGUCAACUCAGCAAGUGUUGUUCAUUCACAAACGCUGUCGUAUAAAAACAUUUAAAAAAGAAAACGGCAGAUGUGUCCAACCUCCUGCAACAAAAAAACAGCUGACUCUUAUUGUUUCUCUGUCCAUUCAGCUUAUUCUAGAGUCAGCAUUGUGAGGCUAGAUGGACAAGUGUGUUGUACGGGAGGUAAACAUAAGACAAAAGAGUUUUCUGUGCGAUAAAUUGAAUUAAGAGACACAGAAUCAGGUUAUCUGACAUGAGUUAAGACUCUCAACCAGCAUCAGGCCCUCCUGUUCACUCGCCUGACUUUGCAACUCCUUGUGACUGAACACCCUCCUUUGCUGACUAAUUGCAGUUGUAUGUGGACAGCAGUGUGGCGAUGGACUUGACUGGUCUGAGCAUGGAUAAAUUGAAAUUGGCCACUGGAAACAACAGUUAUCUAAUUUGUUUUCCUCCCUAACCACUCUUUUACUAGUCAUUAAACAUGUGCACCUGGUGUUUUUUUGACAACAUGGCCAUAGACAGGAUCACCCACCUCCUCCUAAGCCUAUCUAAUGCUUGUCAAAGGCAUAAAAAUAUGCUUUCAGAUCCAAGUCUGGCUUUGGGAUCUGCCUGUCCUGGUACAUUCAAAUGUUAAUAUCAUUUGACACAUUAUUCCUGGGGGAGAACCUGUUAACCCAGCCAUUAGUUCAUUCAGAGGCCAAGACAAAACCAAGCCUGAAUCUGAUGCCUUCUGUCGUCCGGGCAACUGUCCUUUCAACUGUAACCAUAGCGAUGGUGGCCCUGCACCAGGACCUGGCUGCUGCUGCUGCUGUUUGACCCACUUGUGAUUUGUCAUGUAAAUGUCCCUGCAGUGUAGGCAGAAGUUGCUUUCGCUGAAAAACAAGACAAUACAGUGCUUUGUUUAACAAUAUUCAAACUUUAUUGACUCAACAUUGUGAAACUAAAGGCAACACUGGAAAACUUGCAACAAAACAUGGAGUCCAAAGAAGGAAAGCAUGGGGGGAAAGAUUAAGGGCACACAAAGUGAGCAGAAAACAUUUCUAGACUCAUUGUCAUUGUCCACAAAUAUAAUGAUGUGUGUGCAUGUGUGUUACUGUUUGGAUGGGAAAAAAAGUCGAAAUAUCCAUACCUGCAUAACUGGU